AUGUCGAGACAAAUUUUUCAUCGCUAUUUGUUAUUUUAUUUAUCUGUGAGCGCGAUCCUAGUUUGUGGAUUGUCGCGAAGAAUUCCUAGAGGUGCGUCCUGUCCCUCAUGUAGUCAAGAUUGUCCAGAAGCUUUGACUGUUCAGUUACCAUGGUAUCCAGAACAAGAAUCAAAUCUGCAGCCACGAGUCUUACAAAAUUCUCCUGUUAAUUCGCUUCAAAAUUCUUUUCACUCCAGUUUGAUAAAAGGAGGAAUUUCCCAGGAUAUAACAUACGACAAUAAUAUUUUAUCAAAUCAAAAUUCAGCGUCUCUCGGAAACUACAAGAGUUUCUCUCCACAAGAACCUGCGAGUGAAAAUUUAUUAUUCAAAAACUCUCUUAAUAAGUAUCCAAAAUUUAUAGACAGACGGGAAAUCUUUUCUCAGAACAAAUCGGCGACUAGAUAUCCUCUUGCUCGCGUUCUUCCAUUAAGGCAAAUUUUCAAACCGGAAAACAUUUUCAGAAAUCCUCGUAAUAAAUAUUCUAGCUCUUCAUUAGAAGAUAGAAGCUUCGAGAAUAAUAUAAAAGACAAAAAAGAGCCUACAAAUAAAAUGUUCAUUUAUCGUGCCGAUAGAGACACAGAGUCUUUAAAUUCAAACAACGCUUCUUCUUCAAACGUCAUCUGGCCACAGAAAUUCAGCCCAAAGACUGAAAAUACUUUUCGAUUCCGCCCGGAUCCAGCUUUUCGUAUCUUCGAUGGAAAAAGAAAUGCAAUUAGAAAAUCUCUGAGUCCUGUUAAUCAGCAGUAUAAUCUAACAUAUCCUCGAAAAAGAUAUAAUUCCGUAGAUUUCGUUCUGCCGGAACUUAAACGUGAUUCUUACGUUCAUCCUCUUAAAGAUAUUUGGAAGCCGAUGAAAAACGAUGAGUUCUCCGAUAAUUGGGACAACAAAAUAGAAUAUUUAUCACAGUCUUCAAAUCUAGAACAGUUAAAACAAGCUGAGAAUAAUUUCUUAGAAAUGUAUCCUGCGAAAGAACAAGAAAUUACUACCGAGGAUAAUAGGAAGCAAAUCAAUAAGUCUUAUGUGUUCCCUCAAAAUUUAGAUACCUGGAAAUUGACGGAUAAUGAGGAAUCCUUCGAUAAUUGGGAUUACAUCGCAUACAAAGAUUCGCAGGAAUCUGCAAAAAUUAAUCGAUUGCAAGAAGCUGAAAAUAAUUGGCUACAAAUGUUCCCCGCGAUGGAAAAGAAUAUUAAACACUUUGUAAAUGAGAAAGACAAAGAUAAGGAAUUCGCGGAGCAAGAAAAUAUGAAUGAGGAAUAUUUUGAAGAUGAGAUUAUACAAAAUGCCCUUAAAGAAAGUGAACAAAGAAGAUAUAAUCCUUAUGCUUUUUCACAAAAUAUGAAUUGGGAGACAACACAAGAUAAAGAACUUUUCGAUAACUUAGAUUAUACGCACAAAAAUUUACAACAGACGGAUCAAUUAAAAAUAUAUUCUGAAGAGAAUAAUGAUAAGUUCUUUCAUAAUAAAGGAAACGAAAAUAUAAUUCUUGAAACACAAACUGAUGAUGAUCAAAUUAAUCCUGCACUCAUGCUUAGUACCUAUAAUGCUUACAUUCUUCCUCAAUAUUUAAAUAAUGCGAAAUAUCCUGUCGAUUCCUUAGAAAUGCAGAAAAUACCAGAAGUUAAAAAUAAUAUAUUACAUGUGAAUUCUAUGGAAGAAAGCGAUGAGAACUUCUUUGUAAACGAAGAUAUUCAGAAUAAUGCGCCUAUUCAAGAUUUGCUUCUAUCUAAGCACAUUUUUGAUAUGAAUAAAUAUGGCAGCCGUAUUAUAAAUAAAGAAAAUAAAGAUAACACUCAAGUUUCGACGAGACUUGAUCCUGAUCUGUUAGAUGAUAUUGAAGAUCUUCCAUUAGAACCAACCGAAUCGACAUCAAUAGAAUCUCUUGCAGAAUUUUCUACAUCCGAGCAAUAAUAAUAUAAAAUUAGCAUUAUAUGUAGUGUGCCACACUUUACGAGUUAUCGAUUUAUUUAAAAUUGUCAUUAAUAUAAUUGAUACUUAAUCGAGGACUUGUUGU